AUGGCGAAGCGCGCGUUGGUCUCAGUGCACAACAAGGAGGGUCUGGUCGAGUUCUGCCAGGGCCUGGCCGGGCUCGGCUUCGAGAUCGUGAGCACCGGCGGCACCCACGCCACCCUCGAGAAGGCCGGCGUGCCCGUGGUCCAGGUGGCCCAGCUCACCUCCUUCCCCGAGAUCCUCGGCGGCCGCGUCAAGACCCUCCACCCCGCCAUUCAUGGAGGCAUUUUGGCCAAGCGCACGCCGGAGCACCUGGAGGAGCUCAAGAAGCACAACCUCGCCACCAUCGACAUCGUCGUCUGCAACCUCUACCCCUUCCAGGAGACGGUGCGUAAGGAGGGUGUGACAGAGGGCGAGAUCGUGGAGCAGAUCGACAUCGGCGGCGUGACGCUGCUGCGCGCGGCGGCGAAGAACUUUGAGUCGGUGCUGGUCGUGUGCGACCCGGCCGACUACGCGGGCGUGCUGGCCAAGCUCCAGGCCGGCGGCAGCGGCGCCGACGCGGGCGCCGUGCCGACGGUCGACCGCAAGCGGUUCGCGCUCAAGGCCUUCCGCCACACCGCCACCUACGACAGCGCCAUCUCCCAGUGGCUCUCGGGCUCGCUCGAGGAGGGCAAGAGCGACUCACUGCCCGGGCAGAUCGCGCUCACGGCGGAGAAGGUCGAGACUCUUCGAUACGGCGAGAACCCGCACCAGCAGGGUGCGCUGUACCGGUGGAGCGGCGCCGACGCCCCGUUCGAGCAGGUGUCGGGCAAGGAGCUGUCGUACAACAACAUCCUGGACCUCGACGUGGCCUACGCGAUCGUUCAGGAGUACAGCGACCCGUGCGUGGUCGUCAUCAAGCACAACACGCCCUGCGGCAUCGCCACCGACCCCAACAUCAUCACCGCCUACCAGAAGGCGUUCGAGUCGGACCCGGUGUCGGCGUUCGGUUCGAUCAUCGCCAUCAACAGGGAGAUCACGGUUGAGCUGUGCGAGGCCAUCGGCAAGCUGUUCCUGGAGGUGCUGGUCUCGCACGCCUACACGCCGGAGGCCCUCGAGUGGCUGGCCAACAAGAAGAAGAACUGCCGCGUGCUCAUCGCCAAGAACGACGUCAUCCGCAGGCAGCGCGCCACCCAGGAGGGCAGCCUGGUCGUCCGAAGCGUCUUCGGCGGCCUCCUCGUCCAGACCCCCGACGACAAGGGAACGGAGGUGAAGAGCCAGUGGAAGGUGGUGUCCAAGAAGCAGCCGACGCCCGAGAUCGAGGCCGGUCUGGCGUUCGCGUGGCUGGCGUCGAAGCACGUCAAGUCCAACGCGAUCGUGCUGGUGCAGGGCACGUCGACGGUGGGCAUCGGCACGGGCCAGCCCAACCGCGUUGACUCGGUCGUGCAGGCCGCCAAGCGGGCUGGCGACAAGGCCCAGGGCAGCUUGCUGGCCUCCGACGCCUUCUUCCCCUUUGCCGACGGUAUCGAGGAGGCCGCCAAGGCCGGCGUCAUCGCCGUCAUCCAGCCCGGCGGCUCCAUCAGGGACGAGGACGUCAUCGCCAAGGCGGACGAGCUGGGUCUGGUGAUGGUCUUCACCGGCGAGCGUCACUUCAAGCACUGA